CAAAAGUUCCGGCUGCCGCCGAUGGCUAGCUUUUAAUUUGAUCCCUGAGAAGGGUAAACCUAUCGUCAUGAAGGCCAUUAAGAUCAAUGAAACCGGAGGUUUGUCUCAAUUGAAAUACGAAGAUGUACCAAUUCCAGAACCGCAGCACAGCGAGGUUUUGAUUAAGAAUCAUACAAGUGGUGUUAAUUAUCUUGAUGUGUAUCUUCGUGAAGGUAUUUUUACUUUACCUACCAUUCCAGCAAUCCUUGGAGUAGAGGGUGCAGGGAUUGUAGAGAAGCUAGGACCUGGUGCUGUUGGUGUGACUGUGGAUGAUCACGUGGCUUAUUUUCAUCUUGGUUCAGGAAGUUUUGCAGAAUACAGCACUGUUCCAGUGGAUAAACUUGUCAAAGUGCCAUCAAACAUCUCUUUUGAACAAGCUGCAACAACCAUGAUUCAGGGUAUCACUGCUCAUUACUUGGUUCACACUGUGUACCCGGUGGAACCUGGUACCAAGGUGUUGGUACAUGCAGCUGCUGGGGGAACUGGAUCCCUAAUAUGUCAAGUGGCUAAAAAUGCAGGAGGUUAUGUCAUUGGUACAACAAGCACAAAAGAAAAAGCUACCAAAGCAAAGGCUUGUGGAGCUGAUGAAGUUAUUCUGUAUUCUAAUCAAGACUUUGUCCAAGAAGUCAACAGGAUCACGGAAGGUACUGGAGUCAACGUCAUUUAUGACGGGGUUGGAAAGACAACUUUUUACAAAGGUUUUAAAUGCCUUGCAACACGAGGUACCAUGGUCCUUUUUGGUGGUGCAUCUGGUUACCCAGACUCUCUAGAGCUCAAUCUUGUUUCAUCUGGGUCACACAGUCUCAUUCUUCCAAAGUUAUUCGACUACAUUGCAACGCCCGAGGAGUUGUCAUGGAGAGCUAAUGAUGUGUUUGAUUGGAUCACACAAGGAAAGAUUAAAAUGGAUAAUUUUACCGUGUUUACGCUUUCAGAAGCAAAGAAAGCUUUUGAAAUGCUCGAAGGCAAGAAGACAAGUGGAAAACUCUUGCUUAAACCUUGAAACUGUCUUUGAAACUAUGUGAUCUGAAUGUUAUUAGUAAGCUUUCGAUGUUAGUAGAGCCAGCCAGUCAUGUGUUUUUUCAAUUGAUUCUAGUACAUUGAUAUUUAGAUAUUUUGUGGUACUCACAAAUUGUCAUCACCUCCCGCAAUGAAAUAAAUCAUAGU